GUCUGAGCAUCCCAAGAAGAGCUGACCCUUGGGUUCAAAGCAAGGAUGCGGGAAAUCGUGCACAUUCAAAUCGGCCAGUGUGGCAACCAGAUUGGAGCCAAGUUCUGGGAGGUGAUUGGUGAGGAACACGGGAUCGACUAUGCUGGGAGUGACCUCGGGGCAUCUGCUUUGCAGCUGGAAAGAAUCAGUGUGUACUACAACGAAGCCUACGGUAGGAAGUAUGUGCCCCGAGCAGUCCUGGUGGACCUGGAGCCUGGGACGAUGGAUAGCAUCCGAUCCAGCAAAUUAGGAGCCCUCUUUCAACCAGACAGCUUUGUUCAUGGUAACUCUGGGGCUGGCAACAACUGGGCAAAGGGCCAUUAUACCGAGGGAGCCGAGCUGAUCGAGAACGUCAUGGAUGUAGUGAGGAACGAGAGCGAGAGCUGUGACUGCCUGCAGGGCUUCCAGAUCGUCCACUCCCUGGGUGGGGGCACAGGCUCCGGCAUGGGCACUCUGCUCAUGAACAAGAUCCGAGAGGAGUACCCAGACCGGAUCUUAAAUGCCUUCAGCGUCAUGCCGUCCCCCAAAGUGUCGGACACGGUGGUGGAGCCCUACAACGCCGUGCUGUCCAUCCACCAGCUGAUUGAGCACGCUGAUGCCUGCUUCUGCAUCGACAACGAGGCACUUUACGACAUCUGCUUCCGCACGCUGAAGCUGACCACGCCCACCUAUGGGGACCUCAACCACCUGGUGUCCUUGACCAUGAGCGGCAUCACCACCUCCCUGCGCUUCCCGGGCCAGCUCAAUGCAGACCUGCGCAAGCUGGCCGUGAAUAUGGUGCCCUUCCCUCGCUUGCACUUCUUCAUGCCGGGCUUUGCCCCGCUCACCGCCCAAGGCAGCCUGCAGUACCGGGCCCUCUCCGUGGCGGAGCUCACCCAGCAGAUGUUUGAUGCCCGCAACACCAUGGCUGCCUGUGACCCACGCCGUGGCCGCUACCUGACAGUGGCCUGCAUCUUCCGGGGUAAGAUGUCCACAAAGGAAGUGGACCAGCAGCUGCUCUCUGUGCAGACGAGGAACAGCAGCUGUUUUGUGGAGUGGAUUCCCAACAACGUCAAGGUGGCUGUCUGUGACAUCCCUCCCCGGGGGCUGAACAUGGCCGCCACCUUCAUAGGCAACAAUACAGCCAUUCAAGAGCUCUUCAGCAGGGCUUCUGAGCAUUUCUCAGCCAUGUUCAAAAGGAGAGCUUUUGUGCAUUGGUACACUAGUGAAGGGAUGGACAUCAACGAGUUUGGGGAAGCCGAAAGCAACGUCCAUGAUUUGGUGUCCGAGUACCAACAAUUUCAAGAUGCCAAAGCCAAUCUGGAAGAAAGUGAAGAGGUGAUGGAGCAGGUAGAAACGGAAGCAGAGGAGGAGCCUUAGCAGGGACAGAUGCUGCAGGAAAGUCACUCACAGAAGUUUCUCCAAAGAUUUGUUUCUCUUCUGCAGCACUCCAUGGCUGCCUUGCACUGUAGCCCAG